AUGGCGGCUCCGUUGCUGGGGAAAGGGAGGAGGGUGUGCAGGGAGGGGUGCCCCGGGUGCAGGCUGGACGAGGCCAACAAGGCCAACGCCGGCGUCCCCUACCUCAACUUCUUCUUCAUCUGGGUCGUCUGCCUCUGCGCCGCGUUCCCCAUCCAGUCGCUAUUUCCCUACCUUUACUUCAUGAUUCAGGACCUAAAAGUUGCAAAGCAGGAGCAAGACAUUGGGUUCUCCUCAUCGUGUGACAUUGGAAAUUUAUGGGAAGAGAAGUCUACAAGGGCUACUUAUUUCCUUGGAAGAACAAUCAGUGCUGUGCCAUGGGGCAUGUUUGCCGACAAAUAUGGGAGGAAACCCUGCAUUGUGAUCAGGAUCCUCUCAGUGAUUGUACUUAACACCCUCUUUGGCCUUAGCACGACUUACUGGAUGGCAAUUCUUACUAGGGGGCUACUUGGGUUACUAUGUGGUAUAUUAGGACCAAUCAAGGCCUAUGCUUCAGAAGUCUGUACAAAGGAACACCAAGCGCUAGGAAUUUCUCUUGUCACAUCUUCGCGGGCAAUAGCUCUUAUUAUUGGACCAGCCAUUGGAGGAUUUCUUGCACAACCUGCAAAAAAGUACCCGGAUCUUUUCUCCGAGGAAUCCAUAUUUGGGAGGUUUCCAUACCUCCUCCCUUGCUUGGUCAUAUCGGUACUAGCUGCAGGAGCAUGUAUUGCAUGUAUUUGGCUUCCGGAAACUCUGCACAUGUACUGUGACGACAAAAUAGAAGCUAUUGACACAAUGGAGGUACAAGUUGAUGACUCGAUCUUAGAAGAUGGGAAAACUAAAGAAUACGGGUCGGAAAGAAUGGCAUCUACAAAGAGCCUACUAAAGAACCGGCGGUUGAUGUCAGCAAUAAUCCUCUAUUGUGUAUUUUCUCUCCAUGAUACAGCUUAUUUCGAGAUAUUUUCACUGUGGGCUGUGAGCAGCCGAAAGUACCGGGGGCUGAGUUUAAGAUCUCAGGACAUUGGUACUAUUCUAGCUAUCUCAGGGUUUGGUGUUUUGGUGUAUCAACUUGUGAUUUACCCAUUACUUGCCAAGUAUGUUGGGUUAAUCAAGCCAUUACGCUCUGCGGCGGUAUUAUCUGUACUUCUCCUUGCAACAUAUCCUUUAAUGUCCAACCUAUACGGCAUGGAGCUCCAAGUACUCAUCAACAUAGCUUCGCUUUUGAAGAAUAUGUUUGCAGCCACGAUUACUAUUGCCUGCAACAUUCUGCAGAACACAUCGGUGCCACAAGAACAAAGGGGUGUUGCAAAUGGUAUUUCAGUGACCCUAAUGUCAAUCUUUAAAGCAGUAGCUCCAGCAGCAGCAGGAAUUUUGUAAGUGCAGUGUUUUUCUUGUGUGUGUGUGGGCAGGAAUUGUUGUUUUUUAUUUUUUUGGCUGAAAUUGUGCUUACUAGCCAGUUUGCUUAUUUCUUUCCAUUUUGCAGGUUUUCAUGGUCUCAGGAAAACAUAACUGGGUUGUUCUUACCAGGUAAACA